AAGGAGGGAGGUGAUGUCACUGAUGUGUGAGAAGCAGCCUGUCGUCACGUCGUGUCCACGCCUGAUACUAUGAGAGAGGCAUAAAAGAUGGGAUGGAGCAAAGUAUGGAUGGAGGAGGAGUAAGUAUGAAGGAGGAAAAGAAGAAGAAAAGAAAGAAGAAAAAAAAAAGUAGCACGAAGGGUCAAGGGAAAAGAAGUCCGCAGGUACGAAGGGGGAAAGGGAAGCUAAAGUCUACGGAUACAGACGACAAGUACCAAGAGGCAGUACAAAGGUGGGCUAUGUACACUACCUUACGUGUACAAGCCAAAAGGCUAUAGUGGGUUGCUAUGACGCAAAUGUGGCGGGAUUGGCCAAUUACCGCACGA